CCAGCUUGCCUCUAGUGUUCACAAAAUGUUUGGAUUCUAAGCUUUGGCAUAGGCAUACUAACAAUGGAUCUCUUUAUAGCCCUGGUGAUUUGUCUUUCUUUUUUGAUUUUCCUUUUUUUAUGGAAUCAAAGCUCUAACAAAGGGAAACUACCACCUGGUCCCACUCCUCUACCUAUCAUCGGAAAUAUUCUACAAAUAGAUACCAGAGAUGUCAACAAAUCUUUACUAAAGCUUGCAGAAGUUUAUGGUCCUGUGUUCACUGUGUAUUUUGGCAUGAAGCCAACGGUGGUGCUACAUGGAUAUGAGGCAGUGAAAGAAGCCUUGAUUGAUCAUGGCGAUGUGUUUUCUGGCAGAGGAAGUUUCCCGGUAUUAGACAGGUUUAACCAAGGAUUAGGAGUGGCUUUCAGCAAUGGAGAAAUAUGGAAGCAAAACCGGCGUUUUGUUCUCACAAUUUUGAGGAAUAUGGGGAUGGGAAAAAGGACAAUUGAAGAUAGAAUUCAAGAGGAGGCUUUGUGUCUGGUGGAAGCCUUGAAAAAAACCAAUGCAUCUCCUUGUGAUCCCGUUUUCCUUUUGGGCUGUGCUCCCUGCAAUGUGAUCUGCUCCAUUAUUUUCCAGAAUCGUUAUGAGUACAAUGACAAGAAAUUGCUUACCUUGCUAGAACAUAUUCAAGAAAAUCUCAGAAUCUCAGCAACCUCCUGGAUACAGCUAUACAAUGCUUUUCCUUUAUUAAUACAUUAUCUCCCAGGAUGUCAUAGGGAGCUUUUUAAAAACGUGGCUAAACAAGCGAAGUUUAUUUCGGAGAGAAUAAAAGAACACCAAGAAUCCCUGGAUCUAAAUAAUCCUCGAGAUUUUAUUGACUAUUUUCUGAUUAAAAUGGAAAAGGAAAAGCAUAAUAAAGAAACUGAAUUUACUAUGACCAACUUGAUCAUGACCAUAUGGGAUGUGUUUGUUGCGGGAACAGAGACAAUGACUACUACCUUGACGUAUGGACUCCUGCUUAUGCUGAAGUACCCAGAGUUCACAGCUAAAGCCCAGGAGGAGAUUGUGCGUGUGAUUGGCAGACACAAAAGUCCUUCAAUGCAGGACAGGAGCAACAUGCCCUACAUGGAUGCCUUGAUACAUGAAAUCCAGAGAUACACCGACAUUGUCCCCAAUAACCUACCUCAUGCUGUGACUCAGGACAUUAACUUCAGACAAUACCUUAUUCCGAAGGGCACAACCAUAUUUACAUCUCUGACUUCUGUCCUUUAUGAUGCCAAAGAGUUUCGCAAUCCAGAGAGAUUUGAUCCUAGUCACUUCCUGGAUGAACAUGGCAACUUUAAGAAGAGCAGCUACUUCAUGGCCUUUUCAGCAGGAAAAAGAACAUGUAUUGGAGAGGGCUUGGCCCGUAUGGAGCUAUUUAUAUUUCUGACUAGCAUUUUACAGCAUUUUACCUUGAAACCUCUGGUUGAUCCAAAGGACAUUGACACCAACCCAGUUCUCAGUGGAGUAGGCUCUGUACCACCCAACUAUAAAUUAUGUUUUGUUCCAGUUUGAAGAAAUUGGUUGCCAGAUUACAGAGCAAUGCUUCUGCCUUAUAUGUUAGACAUUAUGCACCUACACUUUCCUAGCAGGAAUGACUUUCCUAAAGCUUAU